CUUUCCUCACGUUGCUGCAGACUUACCAUUUUACGAAUGCACCAAAAAUGGAACCCAAACGAACCAUGACGAUGAAUUGGGAUGGCCUCGGCGACGACGGUGACGAAGAUGCCGACCGCUUCCUUGAGUCCAAUGAUCGCAUUUCCUCUGCCGUUUCCCUUGACCUUGCCUCCUCCUCUGAUGACGAUGACGAUGACGAAGACUUCGACGAAACUCGUACAUCCUUCGCCUCUGCUGUCUCUUCUCUUCGCUCUGCCAAAUUUAGAAACUCGAUCAUCUCCGACUCUGCUGCUCCUGAUCUCAACUAUGAUAUCUGGAUGGCUACGCCCGGUUCCAUCAAUGAACGCCGCAAGCGCCUCCUCCAAGGAAUGGGCUUGACCACGACCGGGGAUAACAAGAAAGACUUCCUUAGCUUUAAACGUGUUGUUUCCGAUAAUACUACUACUUCUGCAUCUCCUUCUUCUCCAAGUAGAGAUCAACUGAAACAAGUCGAGCCUCUGCAUUCUCAUUCUCGUUCUCCUUCACCCUCAGAUACGCCUUCGCCUUCGCCUUCGCAUUUACCGAUCGUUCUAGUUCGGUCACGAUCCGACGGGGACAUUGAGAUGUUGUCAAUACCGAAAAGGAGGAAAGAGGACCUAAUCGGUAAAACAUCAAAGCAACGGCUCACACGAACCUAUUCGAUGAUAUUAGCGCAACAUGCUCGAAUAUGUCCUACGUAUCUGGAUGCCAUCAGAAUAUUGCCGAAAGAAGCUGGACAAGUCUCCUCCAGACAACCAAUUCGGCAUAGCGGCACCCUGUCGCAGAGCUGUUUCGGGGCUUUCUUUCUGAUCAAGAACUUGGAUACGGGGAAAGAGUUCAUCGUGAGUGAAUAUGGGGAAGAUGGGAUGUGGAACAAGCUCAGUGACCUUCAGACGGGAAAGAAGUUGACAAUGGAGGAAUUCGAGAAAUGCGUCGGGUAUUCUCCGGUGGUGAAGGAGCUAAUGCGUCGAGAGAACGUGUCAUCGAGAAAUAUGAAUAGUAUCGAUGGGAAUGAAAUCGACAGAAAAGUGGGCGUGAAUUCGUAUUUCUCGAAGAGUUUGAGAAUGAGCAAGAAAGGAGGGGCUGCUCUGUUGAAGAACGUGAAGGGUUUGGCUAACUCGAUGAGUGGAGUACUAAUUGGUGAAAAGGAGAGGGAGAUUUCGCAACUUCCAUCGGCGCCAGUGCUGGAGCAGAAACUGGGAAAGAAUUCUAACUCCUCAAAAUGGAUAAAAGCCCAGCAAAGUGGCAAGUCGUGCAAGGAGCUCUCCGCUCUGCAUUUGUGCCAAGAAAUUCAGGCUCAUGAGGGGUCGAUUUGGACUAUCAAGUUUAGCCACGACGCGCGGUUUCUUGCAAGUGCAGGAGAGGACCGUGUAAUUCAUGUGUGGGAAGUGCAGGAAUGCGAGGUCAUGCCUCUGAGGCUAGGCGAGGAAAUUGGAUAUACGACCCCGCUUCAUCAUUCCUUGUCUGCUUCUGGAGAAAGACCUAAUCCGACUCUUGGUGAGGCUACGUCAUUGCCAUCAGAGAAGAAAAAAAAGGGAAAAUCUAGCUCCAGAAAAGGGAACUCCAUACCCGACUAUGUUCACGUGCCAGAAAGCAUGUUUUCGCUUUUGGAGAAGCCUGUCUGUUCUUUCCAAGGUCAUCAGGAUGAUGUUUUGGACUUGUCCUGGUCUAAAUCUCAGCUGUUACUUUCAUCUUCAAUGGACAAAACUGUUAGGUUAUGGGACUUGGAAACCAAGAGCUGUCUAAAGUUGUUUGCCCACAAAGAUUAUGUAACUUGCAUACAGUUCAAUCCGAUAGAUGACACUUAUUUCAUCAGUGGCUCACUUGAUGCAAAAGUUCGAAUAUGGAGCGUACCCGAUCGACAAGUUGUGGACUGGAUUGACUUCCAUGAAAUGGUCACUGCUGCAUCUUACACCCCUGACGGCCAGGGUGCCAUAAUUGGUUCACACAAAGGAACUAUUCGCACAUAUAGCACAGAAGGUUGCAAAUUAGAUCAAAUAAGCCAGAUUGAUAUUCAAACAAAGAAGAAAUCUCAGGCUAAGAAGAUCACUGGCUUUCAGUUUGCCCCAGGAAAUCCAUCUGAAGUGCUGGUUACUUCAGCUGAUUCCCGGAUUCGAGUUUUGGCUGCAUCAGAUGUCACUCAUAAGUUCAGAGGUUUCCGAAAUACAAGUAGCCAAAUUGCAGCCUCAUUUUGUCAGCGUGGGAAAUAUAUAAUCAGUGCAAGUGAAGAUUCCCAUGUUUAUGUUUGGAAGCAUGAAGAGCCCCGAAAUGGAUCAGGCAUAGGAAAAAACAAGAGCUUAAUCACCACCCAUUCACACGAGCAUUUCCAGUGUAAGGAUGUUUCUGUAGCAAUCCCAUGGCUUGGCACCAUAAAGGGUGAACCACAAGCCAUGCCAACACAAUCAAAAAGGCAGUCCAAACGCUACCCCACACAACCAACUUCAAUUAAUGGGUCGCCAACCAGAGAAGACAACCUUAUAACCAACAGUAAAAGACAGUUGCCACCACUUCCCAAGAAAAGCACCAAUAACAACAAUCUAGAGAGUGCUUCAACACCCCAAGAAGAUGUCGGCCUUGCUCUAGUUUCUCAAACAGAAUCUGGGAUCGGAGAGUCAUUCAAUUCGGAUUCGAGCUCAGGUAGAUAUGGUGAUUCGCCCUCUAUUUUGACUGCUAGGAAUCCAUCAGCAUCAUCUUCAUCUUGGUCUUCUUCUCGGUCUUGGUUUGAUGUUGGCAAUAACCAUGUCGCCCAUACGAUCCAACCAACAGCAUGGGGCUUGGUAAUUGUCACUGCCAGUCUAGGAGGUGAAAUCAGGGCUUACCAGAACUUUGGAUUGCCGCAUAGGAUUGGCCGCCAAACCAAUCUCUUCGGAAGCCCCACUUGAGUUGAUUUCUGUUGAUAAAGAUAGAAUUAAUAUUCUUUUCUUGACAAAA